CCCGUCCGCCAAUGAGCCUGCGGGGUGGGAAGGUAUCAUCGUUCCCCACAAACGGGGAACCCCGCCGUACGAAAAGCCUCCGUCGCGGCAGUCGACAUCCGAGUCCGCUCGGUCGUCGCCACCAAUAUCCAUACCCGCUAGGAGGGCCGCGGCGCAGCGCAAAGUGCCGUUAUUGCCACUCUACCAUCCCCUUGGCCCCCUUGCGCAGUCUCUGCCAGAACUCGAUCCCGGAUAUUUCGGCCUGCCGGGCUCGCUGAAUAUCGAAGACCCGGACGACCAGCGUGAAGGCGAUCCCGCGAGACGCUCAACGUCGCGUACGCAGCGACCGGGACAGAAGACUCGCGAGCGCGAAAUGGGUGACGACGAUGCGCAGACUAACGGCACCCCGAAUGGCACGGGCAAGCCUGGCGCGGAGGCCGCGACCAAAAACCCAAGCCCGCGCAAGCGGCGUGGGGGCGGUGCCAAGCGCAAGAGGAAGGACGCGGACGAUGGGGAUCCCGCCUUCCCUGCGCCCCCAGCGAAACGCACACGCAACCCGCGUGGUGCAAACUUAAACGUGCCCGUCGCGCCCUCCCCUCUCAUCAGCGAGGCGGUUGUCGCGUCGGACCUCGUGGAGGAUGCCGUCGAGGGGGGCGGGGAGCCGGACGCGCCACCGGAGGAAGCACCUCCCGCGCCGAAGCGGAGCGCGCGUACGCGGAAACCGCGUGCAAAACCGGCGAAGCGCAGGGACUCAAGCGGCAGCGCGAGUACGACCACGUCUGUGUCGGUGACCAUAACAGCAACGGCCAAGUCUGCUGCACAGUCACAGCUGGAGGGCGAGCCCGCAGUGGAAGUGGCACCCGAAGCGAAGCCCGAGCCCGCAGCAGCGCCGCAGGAAGACACCCCGACCCCGGCGCAGGCUGAAGAGCUUAUCGUACCGCAGAAGGAGGUCGAGAAGAAAGUCGAGGAGCUUCCUCCCUCACCGUCAGAACCACCUCACGAUGAGACACCCGCUAUUGUUGCGCCGGCUGUCAUCCCUAAGCGCGAAGAGCCCCCGCCGAAAGCCAGUGCGCCCGCCGACCCCCCGGCUCCGCCGCCGCCGCCGCCCCCUCGCCAUAUCUCUCCGCCUCCGAUGCCAGCGCCCGUACCGGUACCACCGCCGCAGAAAGAAGAGCGCGAAGAAGGCGAGUUAAGCGAUGACGCGUGACGUCAGGAACCAGGAGCCUGCAUCGCGGGAUGAUACGGAGACUGUGGGAGGCGGUGGAUUGUACAUAUCUAGUAGUUUGGUUCUCUCUUUGGCACAUCUCCUCUGGUCCGGGUCCGGGCUCGUUAAUCCCACUGUAUAC